GAGUUCAUUUGCUACAAAAUCUUGUGGUUUGGGGAUGGUUGUCACUUGAAUGUACCGCACAGGAUUAGUCAGUUUGAAAUCUAUAGGUUGAAUUCUAAUUCUUGGAAGGUUGUUGAUGGCUCUCCCGAGUGGUAUAUAAAGUUUGAUCAACGUAGCGAUAAAGAUAGAGUUAACCCCACUCGAAACAUAGCUUACAUCAUCGGAAAUAAUGGAUACUUCAAACAAGUGGAUCUCGGAGAAUCUGCGCACAGAGAUUGUUGCCCGUUUGUCUGCUCUUAUCUUCCAAGCUCAAUACAAAUCAAGCAAGCUGCAUGCAACGUG